UUAAAAUCUCGGUGGAUCUGUAUACAUAUUACAGUUUACCCCUCCUCCCCUCUCUUCCUCCUCCUCAAAGCUCCGUCGCUUCUACCACCGUGCACAGCGGAACACCACUGCACAAUCACCGCUACCAUCAUUCAGUUCUGCCGCUUCCUUCUCUGAAUCAGGUUUCGUUCUGAUGAGUGAUGACUAGAGAACAAAUCACCAUAUAGCCUGUUGCAAUCUGUAGUCAAUCAUAGAGGAAACAGAAGAAGAUAGAGAUGUUUUCAUUAUUUUAUGGACUAUAUAAAUACAUGUUUAGCAAGACAGAGUUUCAUGUCCUUAUUCUUGGGAUUGACAAGGCUGGGAAAACGACAUUGUUAGAGAAAAUAAAGUCACAAUACUCAAACUUGGAAGGCCUUCCACCAGAUCGUAUUGUUCCAACUGUGGGGCUCAAUAUUGGUCGUGUUGAAGCAUCAAAUACGAAGCUUGUAUUUUGGGAUUUAGGAGGUCAGCCUGGUCUUCGCUCAAUCUGGGAGAAGUAUUAUGAAGAGGCACAUGCUGUGAUAUAUGUUGUUGAUGCUGCUAGUCCAUCACGCUUUGAGGAUUCUAAAUCUGCACUUGAAAAAGUUCUCCGGCAUGAGGAUCUGCAAGGAGCCCCACUUCUGAUAUUAGCAAACAAGCAGGACCUUGCAGAUGCUGUAUCAGCAGAAGAAGUUGCCCGGUAUCUCGAUCUCAAGAAACUCGAUGAGAGAGCUUAUACCUUUCUAGCUGUUUCAUCCUAUGACGGGUUAGGAAUCAAGGAAAGUGUGAAUUGGCUUGUAGAUGUAAUGGAGAGGAGUAAGAGAACAGAAAUGUUGCAACUCCGAGCAGGGGCAAACCUUAUCUCUAAUUAGAAGGAAUCAUCCAUAUUGCAAUAAUUUUUACCAUACCAUUCCUGUAACUUUUGUAAGUAAAUCAGGUUCACAUUUUAGUCCCAUCUUACCUGAUAUUGGAAUUUCGUCAGUGAUACGUGCAAAAUGUGAUGUUAACCUCCACAACUGCAACCAGCUGUGAAGUUUACCUUCAAAUUAUUACGCGUCCUACUUAUAAAGUCUUUGAUUCUCAUCGUCGUUGAUUUGUAUAUUUUUUCAUUCUGAAUGGAAAACCAGUUUGUGCACUGCAUUCA